UUAGAUGGAAAUGUUCAGAAGCAUCAUCCAUGGCUGCCUAACAAGAGAGAGAAAAUAGAGAGAGAAAGUCAAGAACUUUGACGAACAGAGCCAAGAAUGGAGCAAUCUUUGUUGUUUUCUGAGGAUCUUACGCCCCCUUCUUUUCAGGUAAUUGUUAUAAAUGCAAAUAUGAGUUGCAAUGGGUGUCGCCAAAGAGUUUCUCAACUUCUCUCUAAAAUCUCUGAGUUAGUCGAGUUCACCAUAGAUGUGACAAAAAAACAAGUGGUUGUAAAAGGAAAUGUGAAAUUCCAAGGCAAGAUUCACGAAGAAGAUAGUAUCCAUUCCCAAACCUACAACUCCAAUUCUCUAAAAUCCCAAUCCCUCUCCCAUCAGUAUUCAAACGAUUGCUUUUAAAUUGAUUUUUAUUUAUUUAUUAUAAUCUACGUAGGUAUCACAUUUACUCAAGUUAUCAUUGUAUUUAUAUAUCUAACUCGAACCACAAGAUUAUGUUAUGUUGGAACUACAAUUGAUCAACUGAAAU